UAACACAUUAAUGUAACAAAAUUUGGUGUAUUUCAAUGUUAAGCGAUGGAAGAACUAUUAAUUAGUGUGCAAAAUAAUGAUCACAAUUCCAUAAAUUCAAUUUUAGAUAGGGAACCGGAACUGUUGAACGAAACUAUCGAUUUUAAUGCUAAAAUUCUGCACAAAGCUUGUUACGAUUACGCAAAUAAAGUGACCGCGGCAACAAUCCAAUUGUUAAUUGAUAGAGGAGCCGCCGUAGAUGCCACGAAACGAAAUAAUAAUUGGAUCGCGCUUCAUUGUGCUGCAAUGGGUCAGAAUCCGGAAAUCCUUCAAGUCAUAGUGGACAACACAAAUAAUAUUAACGCAUUGGACAAGUACGACAAUAAUGCACUGCAGUUACUAGUCAGAGAUGGAAACGAUAAAUGUAAAAGUCUAAUUGAGUGUGCAAAGAUUCUAAUCGAUGCUGAUAUUAACGUCGAGCAGUCUAAUAAUAAGAAUUAUACAGCGAGAACGUGGAUCGGAAAGAAACAUAUCAAAGAGCUGAGCGAAUUGCUUCCAAGUGAAAAGAUUGGGCCAAAUGAACUUUUGAAAAGAGAAAUACGGCAGUCGAUAUUCGAUCGGGACUUGAAUGCAUUUCUAUCUAAUAUUGAGAAAUAUGAGAAUGCCGAUGACUUUUUCGAUUUGGUUAUUGGCAAUAACUUUCCGGAAGGCCUGAAUUAUAUAUUAAGCAAUGGGGGAAAUAUAUUGAAGGAGAGACCAACAGUUCUAUCGCACGUCGCGUUAAUGGGUUACCAUGAAAUUUUUAAACUGCUUCUAUUAGAUACACGUACGAUAUACACGGACGAUGUGUUAUUGCAAAUAUUAAAGUAUAUGGAUGGUGAGAAGCAGCCGGGUAUCGAUCCAAACGCUUGUUAUCGUUUGCUGUUGCAAAAAUGUCGUGAUCGGGUUGAUGUUAACUACCAGGAUGACCGUGGUAAUUACGUUCUGGCGAUUGCUUCGAAAUAUGCCGGAUCGAAAAUAACCAAGGAAUUACUGCAGAGUGGUGCAUCAUUGGCGAAUAAAGAUCACGACGGUGUACUGAGCAUAAGCGACAUGGAUUUGAACACUCUGAAAGAGUAUUUCGACUCGUGCAUAACGUGCUCGAAAAUCGAAACCGAUAAAACUCUUAUAAUAAUGACAUAUGAUUAUAAUAGCCUUCUGCCGACGAAGAAGCCAAAAAUCAACAAAGACGUAGAGUUAGGAAACGUUACCGAAUACGAUAAAGAAACAGAAGUGAUCCUAUUUAUAAGUAGAUCACCGGAGCUAAGAAGUCUUCUCCUCCAUCCAUACCUCUCGAGCUUUAUCUACAUGAAAUGGCACAAACUUAGUUACAUUUUCUAUUCAAACUUAUUAUUUUAUAUUUUCUUCUGCAUUGCCCUCAUUUUAUUUAUAAUUAUCCCACAUUCGAUUCUUCUAAUUUACACGAUAAACUCGAUGUCUGGUAUACUGUUAAUUCGGGAAAUUUUUCAAGUUUUCAUCGAUUUUAAAAAGUAUUCAACGAACGUAGAAAAUUACAUUGAAAUGUUUCUGAUAAUAAGCAUUGCGUGCAUAAACGCGACGAACGAGACGGAGCAAAAUCAACUGUUUGCCAUCAUCAUCCUAUUAGCAACAUUCGAAUUAGUUUUUCUUUUCGGUAAUUUACCGCUCUUCACCAUAUACAUUGUAAUGUUACGAAGAGUUUUUUUAAGUUUUUUCAAAUUGUUUUGCAUCUACUUUAUCAUUAUAUUGGCAUUUGCUUCUUCGUUCUUCCUGCUCUUCGGGAAACCGUGUCACACGCUUCCCGAUUUCAAAAACUACUGGAAAACACUUUUCCGGACGUUCAUUAUGCUGACUGGAGAGUUUAACAGUAGCGAUCUAGAAUUUGAUGAAAAUCCACUGAUCAGUCGCGUAAUUUUUCUACUUUUUGUCUUCUGCUUUGCAAUCGUUUUGCUUAAUUUAGUCAACGGUUUAGCUGUGAGUGACAUACAAGAAAUACGCAAAGAAGCCGAAUUAGUGAGUUUAAUAGAUCGUGCCAAAUAUAUGUCUUAUGUAGAAUACAUAUUCUUCAACCUUCCUUCGACGAUCAUUUACUUUCUCCAAAAAUACGUAUACAAAAAUCGAGGCGAUUUAAAAUCGUUAUUGCGCGAACACAUUUCCCUGUUUCCAACGUAUCUCAAAGAAAACAAAUUGGAAAUAUAUCCUUAUAAGAAUGGUUUAAUUAAACUAGAUUAUACUAACAGAAGCAAAGAUUGCAAGCGAAAAAGAAAAUAUCUUCAACAAUCUAUUGUCGAUUCCGCGAACAGACUGAUACAAACGAACAGGAACCAGGAAAGUGAACGUAGGGAAUACUUGGAUAUUUAUAGAAGCAUUAUAAAAGAUGAACUGUAUUUAUCUUUAAAUAGCAAAGUUAUAUAAUUAUACUU